CGAUAAAUACAAGUAAAUGAUAACAGCGCUUAUCUCUUUCUAUUGGACGGAAAGAAGAAAAGCAAUCAAAUAAUAGAACGAUAAAUGCUUGGCAGAAUGGAUGCUGAGGACAACGGAAACUGUUGAAAUCCUUUAGAAACAUCAUAUCGCUUUGCGUAUUAUUUACUGAAAUGGCGGAAGAGAAACCACCUCCGAACUAUGAAGAGACCAUAACUGAUGGUCUAACGCCUUCUACUGCAGCGAUAAACGAAGCAUAUAUUACAGAUACUGCCGAUGAAGUUGUACAGCAGGCUCCAACUGCUCCGCCAAUCGGAAUAGCGCCGCCGGUGAGAGUCCCUUUGAUGUCGUUACUUAAACUGACUGAUAAUGAGUUAAGAGAAACUUUAUAUAAGUUCAGUAGUGAAUUCUGCUGUUACGGCACUAGAUUUAUAAGAGAAAUGAUUUUGACAGAUAUAUCUGAUGACAGCGCUUUCCAUUAUAAAUUGGAAUCAUUUGGAGAGAAAAGAGAAUCUACUCUUAGAUUCACACCCUACUAUGGUCAAAGUAUAGAUGGUCCUGAAAAUGGCCCCGCUCCUGCACCGUGGGAUGUUCCUGUUGGUGUACCGAUUAGAUUCAUCGAACAUAGGAUCACCACGGAAAUUCCUCAUACUGCGAGAGUCGAAACAUGCACAACGUGCAACGGACGUAAGAAAGUGGACUGCAGCUCUUGCAGUGGAUUCGGAACGAGCAGUUGUAGCAGCUGUUCCGGCAGUGGUAGAGAUUCUGAUGACAACUCUUGCAGUAGUUGUGGCGGAUCAGGCUCACAAAGCUGUUGGACGUGUUCUGGCACUGGGAAAGUUGAUUGUUCUACCUGCGAUGGUUAUGGCAAAGUGAAAUGGUUUAGAUUAUUGAUUGUUACUUGGACAAAUCAUGUUGAUAAUUUUGUAUCAAAUAAGGACACUUUGUCUAGAAAUCUGAUUAUUGAAGCUUCUGGAAGAGAACUUUUUAACGAGCAAGGUGACCAGGUUGAACCGAUGACUACCGCUCCUGAUAGAAUCGUAAAUGAAGCAUCUGCUGUACUAAUACAGAAACAUAAUUCAUCAUUUUUAGACGAAUUAAUUAUAGCUCAGCGUCACAGUCUUCGCGCUGUUCCUUUUACCAAAGCAACCUACGUCUGGAGAGACAAAAAGGGAGAAUUUUAUGUUUAUGGCUUUGAUAAGAAGGUGUAUUUCGAAGACUAUCCUCAACAAUGUUGCUGUUGCAUAUGCUGCUGAAAAUUCUAUGAUAAUGAAAUUUGAUAUUAUUAUAACAGUGUAUAUAUAAUGUUAUGUCAGAAUAAAAUCUGAAUAAUCUAAA